AUGCAUCAAGGACCAGCUGAUAUUUUACUCACACCUCCCGACACCAACAAAUAUGAUGCAUUAAAGACUCGACUUAUAGCCGAAUUUUCCGCUUCGGAAAAUGAACAGAUCCGUCGACUGCUUUCUGAACUACAUUUAGGCGCCGAUAAACCAUCGCAGUUACUCCGAAAGAUGCGCGAACUCGGUGGUUGCACAGGCAUAAAAGACGAUUUCCUCAAAACUUUAUGGCUGCAAAGACUGCCAUCAGAAAUACAGGCAAUCUUAUCAAUAAGUUCUGAACCCCUCGACAAUUUGGCCAACAUGGCCGACAAAAUUGCCGAGGUCCGUAUUUCCUCAGCAGAUAGCAGCGCCUUUGCCCGCAGUUUUUCGCGUGGGCGUUCCGGUGAUCGUGGGAGAAAAUUCUGUUACUAUCAUGCGCGUUUCGGAGAAAAGGCACUGAAGUGCGUAUCGCCGUGUUCGUACUCAACUAACGCGGAUCCGGAAAACUCGCAAUAG